AUGGUCUAUCUCCACACCCUCUCUUUCUUCUUACCUUUCUUGAUGGCUUCCAUGAGCCCCAACACUAUUUUUAUUGGAGCUCGUCAUCUUCUGGAAAAGAAACUGCUGGAACUGCCUGAAUUCCCGAGGCAUGAUGUCCCAAAGUUGACUGAAUUCCCAAAAUAUGAAGAACCAAAGCACGAGGAACAUAAAGAACCAUAUUGUGAGAAACCCAAGUUUCCUGAACCAAAGCAUGAAGAGCCAAAAUAUGAGGAACCCAAGUUUCCUGAGCCAAAAUAUGAGAAACCAAAAUACGAAGAGCCAAAAUAUGAGGAACCUAAGUUUCCUGAACCGAAGUACCAAGAGCCAAAAUAUGAGGAACCGAAGCACGAGAAGCCAAAACAUGAGGAACCGAAGCGCGAAGAGCCGAGGCAUGAGGAACCGAAACACGAAGAGCCAAAACAUGAGGAACCGAAACACGAAGAGCCAAAAUAUGAGGAACCUAAGUUCCCUAAACCAAAACACGAAGAGCCAAAACAUGAGGAACCGAAGCACGAAGAGCCAAAAUAUGAGAAACCAAAGUACGAAGAGCCAAAACAUGAGGAACCAAAGCACGAACAACCAAAAUAUGAGGAACCGAAGCAUGACGAGCCAAAACAUAAGGAACCGAAGCAUGAAGAGCCAAAACAUGAUGAACCGAAGCACGAACAACCAAAAUAUGAGGAACCGAAGCAUGACGAGCCAAAACAUAAGGAACCGAAGCACGAAGAGCCAAAACAUGAGGAACCAAAACACGAAAAGCCAAAAUAUGAGGAACCGAAGUAUGAAGAGCCAAAAUAUGAGGAACCAAAAUAUGAGGAACCGAAACACGAAGAGCCAAUACAUGAGAAACCUAAGUUUCCUGAACCAAAAUAUGAAGAGCCAAAAUAUGAGAAACCCAAGUUUCCUGAACCAAAGCGUGAAGAGCCAAAACAUAAGGAGCCUAAGUUUCCUGAACCAAAACAUGAGGAACCUGAGUGUCCUGAACCAAAGCAUGAAGAGCCAGAACAUGAAGAAUAUAAGUUUCCUGAACCAAAAUACGAAAAACCAGAGUAUAAAAAGCCUGAUUUUCGUGAACCUAAAUACAAAGAGCCAGAACGUGAGAAACCUGAGUUGCCAAAGUUACCUAAAAUGCCAGAGUUACCUUACCUGCCUACUCCACUUAAGCCUUAA